AUGGGGUCCGAAGUCUGGGUCGGCACUUGGCGGCCACAUCGGCCCCGCGGCCCCAUCGAGGCGCUCAUCAGAGGCCCGGGACCCAAAUACAAGCUGCCACCGAACACCGGUUACAUCCUGCACGAUCCAUCACGGCCGCGCGCGCCCGCCUUCUCCUUCGGCUCCCGCCGGCCCUUGCAGCACACAUCCUGCGGGCCGGGGCCGAGCCACCUGAUACCCGCCCGCAUGACGGUGCGCGGCACAGAUGGCACCCCAGCAUUCUCCAUCUACGGUCGCCUAAGCCACACAGCGCCCUUCCGCACUCCGGGACCGGGCAGGUACUACCCAGAACUCACGGGAAGUGCGACAUAUCCCAGCGCUCCCCGGCAUACCAUCGCUUCCCGAAACUGGGGCAUCGUCUCGAAGCAGCAAACCCCAGGCCCUGGGUCCUACACUGUGCCUUCGCUCUUGGGCCCGCGUGUCAUAGGCAAAGUCUCAGCCCCAACUUAUUCCAUCAAUGGCCGCAACGCUGUGGACAGCUUCUUUGAGGAUCUCAGCAAGACCCCAGGCCCCAGUGCCUACCACGUUGUGAACCCGGGGAUCUACAAGACUCGAGCCCCGCAGUUCACGAUGCGGGCACGGACUUCGGCACCCCAAGACAGCACUCAGAAUCCAGGACCUGCAGCCUACAGCGUGGAUGAGGUGGUCUGGAGUCCAGGAUCAAGGGGCGGGGGAUGAGGGUCUGAGCACCGGAAGCCUCGUGGCUGGAGCUUCGGGAUCAGGCACUCAGACUACCUGGCCUCCAUGAUACCGCAACGCGUAGAAGAGAAGACUGACACCAGCAGGCGCGCACCGGCCCUCAGUUGUUAG